AAAAAAAUAUUUUUUUUUAUUAAACGUUGAAAUUUGUUUACAACAUCAAUCUUUUUCAAAAAAUUCUCUCGAAAUAUACGCGGCGCCUUUUUACUGUAUUGCGACGACGAUCUUUAAUCGGGGAAAUAACAAGAUUUCAAAUAGUUGCUCGUAAAUGUUUUUGAUAAAUGUGUUUUCGUUCCGAUUCCUUCGUUCAGUAGGAGAAUGGGGGAUAUGUUCGAUGAACAACUGGGGGGGUCUUCGCUCUUCCGGGUACGCAGGCGACACUUGUGUUGGCCUUUCAAUCAACGUAAUUGCCGUUCGAUCAAGUUCGAACCUGUGCCAAUCCUGUCCAACGACAAUGCCCUCUGUGCACUCGUGUUCCACGAGAUUGAAAAGUUCCUGAGCUUAUGCGCUGUAAUACCUAGCUCGAUCAUGGAGUAUUCGUACAGAAAGGACGGGCGCAUUCGAUAUUCGUACCUUAAAAUUAAUUGACCCGACGUUCUCCCUACGCGAAAAUUAUUCUUCGAUAAAUACCUUGUCAUCUAAUUGUUACAGAAUAUUUCUGUCGUUUAAAGCCGAUUAGUGGAAAUUAUAUAUUUCCACUAUAAAUUGUGUAAUUUUACAAACAUUAUUUAUAUAAUUUUACAUAAUUUUUUACAAUGUAAAUUCUGACGAUUAAAAACAAAACCACUUGCUUUAUUUUCUAAGGGAAUUGACUUUAAAUUAUUUUUUAUGCUCUUAAUACUUAAUCUAAUUUUGCACGAGAUAUUUAAGACUAAUAAAUUAAUCGUGCAGUUUCCUCUACCGUCUGUUAAUAAUAUAUGAUUGCACAAUACAAUAUGCGUCGUGUACGUGCAAUUUUUACUAAUGAAACACACAUUCAGUUGUUGUGCAUAAAUUAAUAGAGAUGUGUUAAUUAUAGCUUGAUCGUACUGAUUAGUUCUCUGGUGCAUUAAACAUGCAGCUGCUUCCGUCAGUUGAUAGUUCUAGCAUCAUGUUACCUCAUUGCCAGUAUCGUUAAUUCGAGUUUAAUAACAUAAAUGGCUAGAAAGUUAUCUGCAUAAUUAAUCAUUUUUAACCGCGUUAAUCAAUAUUCUUUUUUAAUAUUACGUGAAUGUUUUUCGAUGAAGUUAAUUUGCCGUUCGAAAUUUUUAAUUGUUGCAAGUUGACAACGAACAAAAUUUUUUAUUAUUAAUUCUAAAAAAGCAUUAUAUACAUUUUGUUAUAGACUGAAUCGUAUAUUUAUUAAUAAAUACACGCGACAAAAAACUUGCGGGAAUUUUUCUGAACGGGAAAGUCCUAAAUAUCACGGAAAAGUCCUAAAUUUAAAAUCUAAUUUUCAAUAUGAAACACACUAGACCAUUUUAGCCGUGCAAUAAUAAGAGAAUUGUAAUAUAUAUAUCGCAGAAAGAGAGAAAGAAUUACAGCUGAGAGAAAAUGGACGUUACGAUGAGAGGAGCGAAGUGCGAAGGAAGACUCCACGUUAUUUGGAACCCCUUGACCGAGCGUCAGUAGUCUUCGCGGUGACCCCUCUGAUCCCCCGUUCUUUCUUCUUCGAGUCGAAACACCCUACGGGCGUGGAAAGUUCUCUCGGAGUGCGUGUUCUCCAUCUCCUCGCUUUUCACCUCCCGCGUCUCGCGGUCGGUCGUAUGUGCAGAGGCACGUAUGCCUGUCUGUGUGUGUGUGUGUGUGUGUGUAUAUGGUGUAUACGCUUAAGUGUGCGCGCCUCGGAUGUAUGGGUGAACGUACGCCGGCACAAGCGUGGAUUAUAUCGGCACAUGCGCCCCUCGCGCGACAGUCGCGUCGGUGGAAAAGCGGAUAUAGCCGGCGGCGUGUCAAAACCAUUCCGCCGCCCGUGCCGCGGAGUUUAGUACGGCAUGGAUCUCGGUUGCGGUCGGUUGGACGAUCCGUGUGCACUUGCGCGCGGUUGACAGAGCACAGCACAAACGCGCGGCGUGGGGUUACGCGAGUCGCGAGGCGGGCGUGUUGCGGUCUCGUCGUUGAAAUUCAUCCGGCCAGCCGGCGGGGUGACGACAGUUUUUGAGCGGAAAUUCGCCCGGUCUCGCGUAGUCCAGUAUUCAGUGUUACGCGCGCGGAUGCCGUAAGACAGCGGGCGAGCCCGUAGUCGAGUUAAGGAGCAAAUAUUGUAUCAUUCGAACCUUCAGUCCCUGAGGUCCUUGCAAGUGCAUACAUCCUGGUUCUCUUUAACGUAACGCAAUUGUCUCCUCGUUUUUGCGCCGAGAGAAAAUUCGUAUUGGAAUUAUUUCUUUAAAUUUUCUCCUUUCCCCAGAGUUGCAAACAAUGCAGCUCGACGAACUGUCAUCCUCGAGAACGGUGUAGUGUGAAAAUGAGAUACCAGGCUGUGGAUUUUGCAUCUUUUAAUGGUAGUCCUACGUGUCUCAAUCGGUGUGUAUGUUUUAUCGAUAUUUUCGCGAAAACGCAGUGAUCUAUCCGAGACACACGCACACACACACACACACAUACACACACAGAGUGCGCCCGUGAUGUAUACGCCUCUCAGAAAUGUAUUUGGCGAGGGUGACUUGGUUUCCCGUUAAGCACGACGUUGCGUCUGAGCCAGUGAAAAAGUUCCCCCGUAUAUUACUCCGUUCGUGCGCCGGGCGAAUAGAGCCGGCAACGUGUCCAAACUAUUUCGCCCGGGUGGUGAAUUCAGCACGCCGUGAUUUCUUUCCGCGGCCGGACGUCUGCCGUCACACGUCUGUUGAAACAAGCGCUUCGGGCAGGGAUCGACUUUGCAUAAUCGCUAUCAAGGCCACCCUGCUGCCGCGACCUUCCAUGAAAUCGACGAAUGACGGAGCCGAGGCCGAAGACCGAAGAACGUCGAUCGUAGCCGCUGACUCGGCACGGCUGUCCGUCUCGCACGAUCCGCUCUAGAUGAAUCACCGUGAUCUACCGUGGAGUCUACGAGCAACGCGAACGAGUCGCGCCGAAAGCGAAUCAUGUACAAAAUAUUGCGUCGCGGCUCCGGCCGCGUCUUCGUCCUCGGCAUCGUGGUGCUGUCGCUCCUGCUGUGCCUGUACUACGUCAGCCAGGUCCAGGCGCCGUCGUCGGGCCAUCCCGCCGCGGCCGCCGCCAUCCUGAACGAGGAGCUCAGAUACGACCGCAGCCUGACCUCCGUCACGCCGGAUUACAGCGAGUGGCCAGAUGCUCAGGUAUCGCUUGCCACCUGUCCCAUAAUCGUGCCGCGAAACGCCGACAUCGACGCCCAGCAGGAGUUCAGCAAGUUCGACUUUCAGCCCUCCUGGAUGCGGAGUCGGGAAUACUGGGACGACAGUUUCGAGGCACGUUUCGCGGAGCUGCGGAAGGAUCCGACGAGACCACCCUUGAAGGUUAUCCUUGUGCCUCACAGUCACACGGAUCCGGGAUGGCUGAAGACGUUCGAACAGUACUUCCACAGCUCCACGAGGAGCAUCCUAAAUAACAUGGUCUCGAAGCUGCAGCAGUGGCCGAACAUGACCUUUAUCUGGAGCGAAGUUUCAUUCUUAUCACUGUGGUGGGACAGUGCUCAUCCGACGAAGAAGAUGGUCAUAAAAAGAUUAGUCAAGGACGGUCGACUGGAAAUGACCACCGGAGGCUGGGUCAUGACUGACGAAGCGACUUCUCACAUUUACGCUAUGCUGGAUCAGCUCAUUGAAGGUCACCAAUGGCUGAAAACGAAUCUCGACGUGAUACCCGAGUCGGGCUGGUCCGUCGAUCCGUUCGGCCACGGCGGCACCAUACCCUACUUCCUCAGAGCCUCGGGUGCAUCCGGCACGGUAAUCCAGAGGAUACACUACGCGUGGAAGCAGUGGUUCGCCAAAAAGCAGUACGGCGAUUUCGUCUGGCGGCAGCCAUGGGACCGUGACGGCGCAGCCGACAUGCUAACCCACAAUCAGCCGUUCGACAUAUACAACAUCAAACAUUCGUGCGGACCGCAUCCGCACGUCUGCCUCAACUUCGACUUCCGUAAGAUACGCGGCGAGUACACUGAGUACUCGGUCCGCGCUGUCGAGAUCACGCCCAACAACGUCAAGCAGAUGGCCGAGCUGUUGCUGGAGCAGUACGCGAGGACAGGCUCGUUGUUUACUCACAACGUCGUGCUGAUGCCACUCGGUGACGAUUUCAGAUACGACCACGCGAUCGAGUGGGAUCAACAGUAUACCAACUACAAAAUCCUGAUGGAUUACAUAAACAGCCGGAAGGACGAGUAUAAUGCCGAGGUAGUGUUUGGGACGCCGAAGGACUAUUUCCGCGAGAUACAAAAGCGCGUAAACAAGUUUCCGUCGUUGACGGGCGACUUCUUCGUGUACUCGGACAUCUUCAGCGAGGGUAGACCGGCCUAUUGGAGUGGCUACUUCACGACCAGACCGUACAUGAAGAUCCUGGACCGUGAGCUCGAGGCGAAUCUCAGAUCCGCCGAGAUCCUCUACACGAUCACGCUAAAUCUUGCCAAACAGUCCGGCAAGGAUAUAAAACUUUACGAGACGCAUUUCGAGAAGCUGGUGAAGGCGAGACGUAAUCUGGGCCUGUUCCAGCAUCACGACGCGAUCACCGGCACCUCGAAGUCCUUCGUCAUGAAGGAUUACGCGUUGAAACUUUUCGAGUCGAUUUCGGACACGACGAGCCUGCAAAGCUUCGCUAUCCAGUCGCUCGCGGCCACCAUCAGCGGCAAGUCGAAUUCCGUUUACGUGUUGGCCGAGUCGGACAGAGACAGCUACGAAAAACUGCCGAAGAAGAUACCAAUCGGCGUGAAUGGCCACGAGACUAGGAAGAUCGUUCUGUUUAAUCCAUUGGCGCAACCCAGACAGGAAGUGAUCAGUCUCAAAGUCACGUCAUACAAAAUCAAAGUCCUGGACCCUCAAAAGAACCCUAUACCGUAUCAGAUCGCGCCGGUAAUGAACGCCACGAGCAUCACGCAUGACGUGUACGUACUGCUCUUCGUAGCUGAGCUGAAGCCGCUAUCGAUCGCUACGUAUCACCUGCGGCAGGUCGACAAGGUGCCGCCGGAGGCCAUCUCGACGGUGUACUGCAGUCGUUGCGGCAAAGACAACGUCUUUCCCAUCAAGCCCAUGCAGGUGGGCGACGUGCAGCUCGAGAAUCAGCGAAUGAAACUGCUGUUUGACGGACAGACAGGUUUCUUGAAACGCGUGACGAAAAAAUCCACCGGCAAGAUCAUGCAGUGCGCCGUGCAGUUCGCCGCGUAUCCCUCGGCGCAAUUCCACAGCGGUGCCUACCUCUUCAUGCCUGACCCGAAUCUCCGGGACACCGAUAAGGAUGUCCUGGAAGCGUACACGCCGCACCAGAAGAUCUACAUCGUCAGCGGUAGCCUGAGUUCUCGCCUCACCGUCGAGUACGGGAAACUAUUGACGCAUCACGUGGCCAUCUACCAUCGCGACGGCGGCCUCGGCGAAGCUAUCUACUUGCGCAACAUCGUGGACUUUGAGACACCACCGAAGAAUCGUGAGACAGAAAUGUUCAUGCGGUUGCAGACCGACAUCUCGAAUGGCGACCCUCCCGAGUUCUACACCGAUCUGAACGGCCACCAGAUGAUUAAGCGUACCAAGAUCGAGCGCAUCGGCAUCGAGGGCAACUAUUUUCCCAUCACGACCAUGGCCUACAUCGAGGAUUCGAAUCACCGACUAACGCUCCUGGUGAACCAUUGCCAGGGUGCGGCCAGCUAUCAGCCCGGUUGGCUGGAGGUAAUGCUGGAUCGCAGGACUCUAUAUGAUGAUUCGCGAGGCAUGGGCGAAGGUUUACUCGACAAUCGACGGACCGUCAUCAAGCACUGGUUGCUACUUGAAGAUAUCAGCGGCGAGAAAGACAAAUAUUCGAGGCCGUCGCUGUUCGCCAAUCACCUGAGCAACACUCUUAAUUAUCCAGUAAAUAUCUUUGUGGUGGACGGCAGCGAGCAGGAAGUCACGAUGGCACCGGAAGUCCGACUGCUGAGUCAGAGUUUCCCGUGCGACCUACACCUGCUCAACUUGCGCACUAACCACGAUCAGAAGCUGCCACACUUUCCAGUGAACAGCGCGCUCAUGGUGCUGCACCGGCAGGGCUACAGCUGCUCCGUGGGCAUCGACGUGGCAUUGAAGCACUGUCCGCUCACCGAGAGACUCGCGCAGGGAACCGCGUUCUACAAGCUCGACAAGGUCAACGUCACGAAGACGUCGUUGACCGGCACAAAGCCGGGCGCCCGCCUGAAAGACGGUUUCCAGGAGAUCGGUCUACAACCGAUGCAAGUCGAAACGUAUAACGUGAACUUCGUGCAAUGAUCUUAAGCCAUAAACCGAUCGACUGUCGGUCUCGAUGUGUUCACGUUGAUCGGUUAAAAUUUCGAGAAUAUACACAGGCGUCUUGCCCCUUCCAAAUGACACUGCCGUAUAUUAAUCGUAUUGAAUACUACCUCUUUGACUCUUCGUGUAACGCGCGACGUUGUUGGCAGUGAAGAACGGAACUUUGCGGAAGCGAUGCAGAAGCGAAGGUAAAUCAAUAAUUUCUCGCGGGAUAAUACACGGGACAAAAAAAAGUGACAAAUAAUGUUGACCACUCUAGGACAAUUAAUAUAAACGUUUUAAACAAUUUAAAAUAAAAAUCAGCAGGAAUCGCUUAUUGUCGCCAGUCAUUAAAUCCAAAGGAAGACAAAUAUGUAGCCAACUGAUUGGUCAAAUUCUUUUAUUUUAAUUAAACUAUUAAGUUAAAAGAUUAUGGAUAAUUGUAACCACUUGAGAAGGACCAAAUCCCGUGGUCAAAACGUCGUAAUCCUUAAUAAAAAAAUUUGGCCAGUCAGUCGACUACAUAUUUGUCUUCCUUUGAAUUUAAAAUAAACAAUUGAUUCGUACGAUUUAACUAAGAUGAAUUCUUUCGCGUUAGGAAAAAAUUUCAGAAAUUUUUAAUCAAUUUUUAUUCUACAGGUAUGUAAAAGAGGCACUUUUAUUAAUUUCUAUUGACGCUAAUUUCUUGUAACAAUGUUUGCUAUUGGCCUAGAAAUCAUGUUGUCAUUCAUCAUUUUCUGUUCCUUUACAUCCAAUAUCUUUCGCUAAUUUCAUUCAGAGAAAAGGAGAAAAAUUUUAUAUUUAAUUCAAUAACAGAGAUCAAAGAUUUAUCAAUUUCAUUGUAAAUUUUUGAAGAGUAAAUGAAUCAUGUAAGAACUUUUAACACUAUUUCUCGAGUUUAAUUGAAUUUCGCGAGAUGAUAUUUCGUCGGUUACGUUACAUUUUUGCGGAAAAUUUUAUAAGAAGUGGCAGGUAUAAGAAUAGUGUGCGUGUAAAUAUUUCAAUCGAUGCAACACAAUUAAUUACUAAUCGUGACAAAUGUGCAACGUAUGCGUGCGCCAAUGUACAUAUUGUUCCUGUAUCCUUACGUUUUAUUAUCAAACGAGAGGUAUCGAGAGAGAAGGGGGGAGAAAAAAGGCGAGAGAAGAUGUACUACACACGCGGAUAUAUAAAUACAUUAGUAAUUUAUUCUAAACAAGAGAGUCUGAAAUAUCUAAUUAAUAUAUGUACAUUCGCUGGAACGAGAUAAUUGGGAUCAGAUUUAUCUCUACCUAUUCUACUCAUUUAAAUUUUAAAUAAUUCUUCCAUAAUUUAAUACCUUUAUCGCUGGAAUAACUUUGACUAUAUUUAUAGAAAUUUUUUGAAUCUCCUAAAUCUCUCUUCACCAUUAACUUCUUAUUAUGGAAAAAAUUUCUAUUUCUAAAUUUUCUUAUUUAUUUUUGAAGACAUUUAUCAUGUUGUUUUUCAAAAUAAAUAAAAUAGUAUUUCAAAGUUUCUAAUUUUCCACACUUUUUAACAAAUGUAGAUAAAUGAAAAGUGAUUUUGCGAGAUAUAAAAGGGGCCAGCGAAUUAGGCCUACAGAGAGGAUAAAAGAAUUCAAAUUGCAUAUAGUGACUUUUAUCUGUUCGUACGGUGAUAGACAAACAGACAAACUGACAAUUGACAAACUGACCGACAGAAAUUUCUUUUACCAAGCGUAUAGAGGUAUAUUUGUAUAUAUUGUAUCGUAUAUAUGUAUAUAUUACAUAUCAGCAGAUCGUGUAACUUGCCCUAGACAAUUAUAGUAGAUCCUUGUGAUAGCGAAACGAUGUAAAGAAAAUCUUAUACAUCUAUUUUCGUAUGUCAAAUAUUUUGCUGUCAAUCUUCUUCUCUCUCCCUCUCUCUCUCCCUUUCUCUCUCUUUCUCUCUAUCUCUCUCUUUCUCUCUCUCUCUCUCUCUCCCCGCGAGUAUUGACAGUAAGUGUCUUCUUGUCGACGAGGAGGGACGCGAUUCCGGGGGAUACUCUCCGCGUAUCGUGUAGGCAGUCCGAAAAUGUAGUAAAGUGUAAUGCAUGUAAAAUGAACUUGCGUGCCAGACGGCGAGGAAGUUAUCUCUCUGGAGAUAACGCGAAAGGAGUGAGUCUUCACAAGAUACGAAGAUACGAUUUAUUUUUUUUUGUAAAUAAUUAAAUAAUUUGACGAUAAUUCUGCGAUAAUUAUAUUAACGAUCGACGUGAAUCUCGAAUCUGUUCCUCCGUUUUUUUUUUCCAACAUUCAAGACGUUUAUGCGACGUAAUGAGAACCUGUUAGAUCAGUAAUAUGAAAUACCGUACUUCCGAGCUGUUCUUUGUUAUAUGAUUAUGUGAGCGAAUGAUAAAUGUCGCAGACACUUUGCAACGCAUUGUGUUCGUCGCAUGUUGUUUGUGGUGUUUCCAGCGAUCUUCCGCUUCCAUGGAGAAUCUCGAAGUGUCCCUUUUUGUGGCUGUACCGUCGGUCCGAUUUGUACAUAUUAGAUUAAUUAAUGGAAAGUCGUGCAGCUUCCGCGUGUGAGUGGGCUGUCGCGUUCCUCCGGCGCGAGAAAGGAACCGGGGAGGAACGGGGCGGAAAUUAGUUUUCUCCGAGUGGUACAAGAAAUAUUGUACAGUGCGGUUGCAGCUACUCGUUGCGUACAAGCGGCGAGCAGAACGUUCGUGUCGCUUCUCCGUAUACCGGAGACUUGGUAAUUAUUACGAAGUGGCGUUUUUUAAUUCACGCGAAAGACAGAUGUUGUCUAUGUAAAUUUUCUUAUUUAAGAUUACGGUGCGAAUUUACGAACUUUUCGGUGCGGUGGUUUUAUACUGCUACGUUAUCUCUUAGAUAUUUUAUCGCACGCGUGCAAAUUUCUGCUCACAAUUCUAAUAACGUGACAUUCUAAUAAACCAUUAAACCUUCGAAUUCAUUCUUUUUCUCAAUGAAUUGACGCAGUUGUUUUCAGUUAAUCGACAUGUUUUAUCGUCAUUGAAGCCGUCGUUGAAACAUGUAACAAAUUGCGAUUAAUUGCUUUCUUUUUUUAAUAACACACGUUUAUAUUUAUCGCGCCAAAUGCUAUAUUUUUAUUAAAUAAUCCAUUUUCGUUCGUUACCAAAUGUCAAAUUGCCGUUUAAUUUCAGUCGACAAAUCCUCUAUUUCCUGACGACGAAUUUUGAACGACGCCCAUCGAAUUGAUUAUUAAAUAAAAAUUCGACAUCGAUAUCGAAUAGAGCUUUGUAAUACAACAUUUUGUGUUACAAAGUUGGUCAAAAGCGGAAACGUCCGUCACAGAUACGGCUUGUGAUGCCGUCGGGCAAUUAAGCUUCGUAAGCAUUGGUUAUUAAAAUUUUUUCGAUCGACUUAUGGCUCCGAUAGAUUUCACGGUUCACAGCGCGAACGAAUACGGGUUUAACGGUAUUGUGUAAAUAGAGGAUCGUCGAUAAAAUCGUUAAACCGAUAGAUCGUAAAGAGUAAUGGAAAAUUAAAAGUACGGGCGGAUGGGUGCACGGGUGAAGUGUAGGAAAGUUAUCUCCUUCGCGCUCUCAUCACGUUUAAUCACAUCGGUUGCACAUUCGAUCUUUGGCCGAAAAAAGGUUUGCAAAAAUAACUUCUAUUUGUCCCCAUAUUUAUAUAUUGGCUUGAUAUAAAACCGUCCUUAUUUCGAUAUAAUAAUAAAUCUAAAUUUAUCUCUUAUUUACAUAUACUUCUCGAAACUCUGGGAUUUUUAAUUAGGCGAAUUGAUAAUCGGUAUUUCUCUAUAUUAUAUUUGAUAUUAUAUCAUCUGUUUGAUAUUAUUUAUUUCGACAUUGUUAUUUUAAUGUGCGCACUAACGACACUGCCCACGAUAACAUAUCCAGUCGUCCGCUCCGUUUAACGUAACGAAUCAAAAAAAGAGCCUCAAACAGCGAAAUCUCGCCGUGGAGGGAUAUGGAUUCGACUCUCGUUGCUCGAGCAUUUUCCACACAUUUUCGCGGAAACUGUACUUCUCCGUUUAAGAGCACCGUGAGAUCUCUACGUCGAGAUUUCUGCAAAUGUCGACAAAACGCCCGAAACUAUCGAGCAACCAAGUCGCUCGGCGCCAAUGACUGUCCCUGUAACGAUAUUGUAACAUACUGUAUGUUUUGUGCCGUCGUUAGAGAGAAAAAAAGUGUUCUAUAUCACAAAGAAUAAAGUUAUAUUAUAUGUUCACACACACAAACAAACACACACACACACACGUACACACAAAUCUGUCGCUCGGACGAUUCGCAAAGGGUUCGGCCGCUUGGAAUCGCGCGAGCGCGGGACGCGCGAAUGGCGAUGAUUACAUACGAUAUUCCUUAUGUUAUAAUGUAAUAUUAUAUUUAUUAAAUAAAACUAGUAACUGACGUAUAUUUUGA